AUGAAGGCUAUUGUCGUCGAGAAGUAUGGCUCCGUCGAAAAUCUCAUAGCUAAAGACGUUCCUGACCCAGGAACGCCGACUGGUCGAGAACUAUUAGUUCGGGUAGAGGCAUGCUCUGUAAAUCCUGUUGACGUCAAAGUCCGUGCUGGAAAAUACGAUGACUAUCCCUACUACUACGAGCAUACUCCCCGUCCUUAUCAGAUCUGUGGCUACGACGGUGCCGGGACAGUCGUCGCGAUCGGGCCCCAAUGUUCCUUCUUUAAGACAGGAGACCAGGUCUUCUUUUCCUGCAGUCCGCUCCGACACGGUUCCAAUGCAGAACUUCUGCUCAUCGACGAGCGCAGCGUUGGCCACAAACCGAAAUCUCUCGACAUGACCCAGGCCGCUGCUAUGCCCUUAACUUACCUCACCGCCUACGAGGCGCUGAUAGAACGAUUGGAGAUAAAAAAGGGGGAAAGGGCUGCCCUACUCAUCAUCAAUGGCUCUGGUGGUGUAGGCGCUGUUGCGAGCCAGAUCGCGCGACAGGUCCUCGAACUGCCUGUCGUCUUCACCACGGCGUCGCGACCCAACAGUAUCGAAUUUACGAAGUGGAUGGGAGCGACCCACGUCCUUAACCAUAAGGAGGAUCUCCAGAAGCAACUGAAUGAGCUUAAUCUGGAUAUUCCCUUGAAGUAUAUAUUCAUCGCCCACUCGACCGAUCGUUACAUGGACAUCUGCGCCAAAAUCGCCGCUCCAUUUGGCAAAAUCUGCUCUAUUGUCCAAGGUGAGGCUAGGAUGUAUGGGACGGAAUUCAUGGCCAAAUCUCUGUCCUUCGUCUGGUGUUUUCUGGGCACAAAGUCAAUCUAUCAGGUCGAUAUCGGUUCCCACCAUCGAAUCUUGGAAGAACUGUCUCAGUUUAUAGACUCAGGACGUAUCACUUGUCACUUGGUGCAACGCUUGAAACUGACGCUGGAGGGUGUACGGGAAGGCCAUCGGAUCAUCGAACGGGGCGGCAGUAUUGGCAAGACGGCUCUGGGGAUAGACGAACCGGGGUCGGGAGAGGCAUUUGUCUGA